AUGGAGGUUUCUUUACAACUAAACACAAAUAGUUUGCCAAAAGCCAUGCAAAGUGCUAUGAGUGUCAAAAAUUCAUGCAAAGUGAAACCCAACUUUUAUCAACUACUUUCUUUAAGCUCAGAGGAUAAUGUAGGGUUUCAUGAAAUCAAGAAAGCUUAUAGGAGCAAGGCUCUUGAGUUUCAUCCUGAUGUUUGUCCUCCCUCGAGUCGAGCUGAGUCGAGUCGAAGAUUCAUGGAAAUACGAGAAGCAUACGAUACUCUCUCCGAUCCUCAUUCGAGGAGAAUGUAUGAUUAUAAAAUGAGUUUAGUCGAUUCUUUGUUUUAUGAAGAUGCAAGAGGAGACUUGUCUAACAAAGUGUGGGAAACACAACUAAGUGGACUUCAAAAACGGUCCCUUGAUAAAUUGGACAAGAAGAAGAAGAAAAAUGCUUGUGCAUGA